CUUGCGUAGUAUCAGCUGACAAUGGCCACAAAACCAUGUCCAAUGUGUGACAGUGUAUGAUGCGUAAGGAUCAGAUAUAUGUACAUAGCUUAUCCGAGCACGUCGUAUUACGAUUAGAAAAUAUUAAAAAAUUCCUUUGAAUAUAAGAUCUGUCAUAAAUGUUUACCUUUCGUAUCUUACAAUUUAAUAAAUUUUAUUUUUAAUAAAAAUUAUUCUAAUUAGAAAUUUAUAUUUACAUCACAUCAAAAAAUUCAAUAAGAUUUCUGAUACAUCUAUUAGUUGCUUUAGUGUUCCUCAAGUUAAUAAUGUCAGUAUCGAUUAAUACGAUAGAUAGUUUGGAUUAUUGUUAUUUUCCUAUUACCAAAUCUCGCAUUAAAUUGCAAAUAAAAGCUAACCAUGAUGCCAGAAUUUCCCUUAGGACUCAUUUGGGAGAUGAUUCUAAUGUAUAUGAAAUUAUUCUUGGUGGGUGGGGAAAUACCAUGUCAGCUAUCAAAAGAAAUAAUGUAGAACCAGAUGUAGCUGAAGCAGAAACUAUAGAUAUAUGUGGAGAUAAUUGUGAUAUUUGGAUACAAUGGUCUUGUGAUGGAAUCUUAAGUGUAGGCCGAGAAAAUGAAGAAUGUGAAACUUUAAUGACAUAUAAAGAUAAAAAUCCAUUCGUUAUCAAUUAUAUAGGAUUUAGUACAGCUUGGGGUGCAACAGGAGAAUGGACUAUAAUGAAUGAAUACAAAUUUACAUCACUUGCUAUCAGACAACAGCUGGCUGAUACAUGUCAUUUAUGGUUUGAUUUUAACAAUACAUUAAGUUUUCCCCAAAAUGCAGCCAUGGCUUCUGAAGACGGAUUAUAUGUUGGACGUGCACAUCAUAAAGAUUCUGUAACACCUGGUAGUAUAAAGGAUAAUAUUUGUACUUUAGCAUGGGGGGGAACAACUCAUGAAAAAAAAGAAUUUCAAGUAUUAUGUAUUAAAGACAUUAACUGGGUAAAAUCAUGGGAAGGGAGUGUUCCUUUAUAUGCUCUUCCUGCUGGUGAAACGGAAGAUGGUUAUGCUCUUUUUAUCGGUAGAGCUUUGUAUGAAGGAGUAUAUUAUGUAGGAAAAAUACAACCAAAUCAUCAAGUAUGUUAUAUACCAGUUAAUGGACAAGAAAUGCCUUGUUUAGAAUAUGAAACUUUGGUAAUACAUAAUUACAAUACCGUGGAACAUAUAGGAAGAUAAAUAUUU